AUGGAAGUCAUCCGCGGUCAGACUACUUGCUCCAACAGGCUUCCGUCUACACAUCCGUCCCAACGUCACCCAAUAUCCGCAAUCAUCGCACUUUUCCUCGACACUCCUUUAGCACCGCAGAUGCGAUUCCCCAAGUUUCUCGCCUUAUGUCUCGCCACUUUCAUCUGCCGACUGACAGACCGCGCCCAAGCUAUGUAUGCUGCUAGCAAGACAGGCCGCGCUGUCGGUGCGACGAGCAGCUCCUCGGGGUUAGAAAGGGCUUCCUCCACAGUCGCUGCAGCGGAUCAAUGGAUACCCCCAGCAGUAAACCCCCAGGUCGAGCAAUGGGUCCAAACCUACCAAAAAAAUUGUGCCGCUUUUGAAGACCAAAUAUCUCCAGUAAAUCAACCACCAGCAUUGCAAACUCCAAUUGGUGAAGAUGUGGAGACACUCUCUGGGCACUAUUGCAAAGUCACAAUGCAGUCGGCAAAAUUGAAUGAAUUGGCCGAACACGACUCACGCAUGGUAUUCAUCCGUAAUAUUUUGGAGCGUGAUGACCGUCCGGUUGAAUAUCAAACUCGCAUAAUACAAUUUGAGUUUAAAAAAAUUAUGGAACGGCAAGAUGACACAGAUGCACCAAUCAAGGAAUGGCUUACAAUUCUUGCCUAUGCUCUGCGCAAACAUAAAGAGCAACUUUUUAAACGUGCAUUUGCCACAGUAAACUUGGCUGCGCCUGCUUUGUAUGGACUCUAUAUCCUUCGGUUGAGGUAUUCGAAACUUUAUAGGCAGGAUCUUCUCAACCACAUUGUUGGAAUGACCAAAUAUGUCGAAAGUAUUAGCAUGCGCGCACGUAUUCAUCAGAAAUGUCUUUUAAGAUGGGAACAAGAAUUAUAUAUACCAAGAACUGGAUUUGGACCAGAUAUAGUCAAUGAAUCCACGUUUGCGCAAAUUAUCAAGAAUGAUGACGACCUUCGCGUAGCCAUGUCCUCAUCCAUGCCCAAAAAUUGGGGAAGCCUCUGGGGCCUCUGUCUAAAGUUUGACUCUUCAUCGGCUUAUAAGCGAGUGGCGACCCUGGCUAUCUUCUAUCAUAAGUUGAAACAGUAUUGGCGGGACGUACAAUUCUCGGGUGGUCUGUUUGAAGACUUUGUUGGCUCCGUUGUUUUUCUGGAACACGAGUUAGGUCUCAUAAAAUUCAUUCGCCAAACUUUCAACCUUCCUGAAUUGAAAUAA